UUUCUCCCUGUCCGCGUGCGCGUGUGCAUGUGCGUGCGCGUUUUUGGAUCGCCCGUGUCCCUGCAGCCUCGCUGGUUUCCCCCACCAGCAUUCCGAGUCCUCCCCGCCGCCGACUGCUGCGCCCCCUCCCCAGCGAAAGCCGUUUGAAUGUACAGCAUGAUGGAAACCGAGCUCAAACCUCCCGCCCCCCAGCAAACGCCGGGGGGAGGCACGGGGGGGAACAGUACCUCGGGGGCCAACAACCAGAAGAACAGCCCGGACCGGGUCAAGAGACCCAUGAACGCUUUCAUGGUGUGGUCCCGGGGCCAGAGGCGGAAGAUGGCCCAGGAGAACCCCAAGAUGCACAACUCGGAGAUCAGCAAGCGCCUCGGGGCCGAGUGGAAACUGUUAUCCGAGGCGGAGAAGCGGCCGUUCAUCGACGAAGCCAAGCGGCUGCGCGCCUUGCACAUGAAGGAACACCCGGAUUAUAAAUACCGACCGCGGCGGAAAACCAAGACGCUGAUGAAGAAGGAUAAGUACACCUUGCCCGGCGGGCUGCUGGCCCCGGGCGCCAACUCCAUGGCGGCGGGGGUGGGCGUGGGGGCCACGCUGGGCGCGGCGGGGGUCAACCAGCGCAUGGACAGCUACGCGCACAUGAACGGCUGGACCAACGGCGGCUACGGCAUGAUGCAGGAGCAGCUGGGCUACUCGCAGCACCCGGGCCUGAACGCGCACAACGCCGCGGCCGCCGCCGCCGCCGCCGCCGCCCAGAUGCAGCCCAUGCACCGCUACGACGUGAGCGCCCUGCAGUACAACUCCAUGGGCGGCUCGCAGGGCUACAUGAACGGCUCGCCCACCUACGGCACCAUGUCGUACCCGCAGCAGGGCACGCCGGGCAUGGGCCUGGGCUCCAUGGGCUCCGUGGUCAAGACGGAGUCGAGCUCCAGCCCGCCCGUGGUCACGUCCUCGUCCCACUCCAGGGCUCCGUGCCAAGCCGGGGACCUGCGGGACAUGAUCAGCAUGUACCUCCCCGGGGCCGAAGUGGCCGAGCCGGCCGCCCCCAGCAGACUGCACAUGGCGCAGCAUUACCAGAACGCACCUGUUCCGGGCACGGCGAUAAACGGCACGCUGCCGCUCUCCCACAUGUAAGACAAAGGG